GCGCGCAAGUGGCAGUCGCUCAACGCAAAGCGCUACGGCGAGAAGCGCAAAUUCGGCGUGGUCGAGCAGCAGAAGGAAGAGAUGCCCCCAGAGCACAUCCGCAAGAUCAUCAAGGACCAUGGCGACAUGUCCGCGCGGAAGUUCCGUCACGAUAAGCGCAUCUAUCUGGGGGCGCUGAAGUACCUGCCGCACGCCGUGUACAAGCUCCUCGAGAACAUCCCCGUGCCUUGGCAGCAGAUCAGAAACUGCCGGACGGUGUACCACUGCAGCGGUGCCAUCACCUUCUGCGGAGAGACGCCCAAGGUGAUCGAGCCUGUCUACCUGGCCCAG